UGACUAGUAGUGCCUAUAAAUGUAAGAAAACCUUUGUUUUAGAAUUUCGAAUAUCAUAAAUUGUUCUGUGCCAAUUGAAGUUGCAACUUGCAAAUUAGAAAAGAAACGAUGGUUCAACCGGAAGGCCAAGUAACUGUUCAUGGGCAUUGGGCAAGCCCUUUUGUGAAGAGGGUGCAAUUGGCCCUGAAAAUCAAAGGCAUUCCUUUUGAAUAUGUCGAAGAAAAUUUGAUUAACAAGAGCCAAUUUCUUCUUGAAUCCAACCCACUUUAUAAAAAAGUUCCCGUCCUAGUUCAUAAUGGAAAAUUCAUCAUUGAAUCACUUAUCAUUGUUGAAUAUAUUGAUGAAACCUGGCCGGAUAUGGGACCUCAACUCCUGCCAAGAGAUCCCUUUGAAAGAGCCAGGAUUCGUUUCUGGGUUGCUUACAUUCAAAAGAUACUAGAAAACACAGGAAAGCUCUACACUUUGGACAUGGAAACGCAAAAAGAAGGCCUUGCGGAGGUGCAAGAGAAGCUUGUGGUAUUAGAAAAUGGGAUGAAAGAAGAAUUCUUUCCAGGCGGAACUAUUGAUAUAAGUGCUGAAAAACUUGGGAUCUUGGAUAUUAUGAUGGUUUCCAGCUUUGGUUUCUUCAAGGCUAUGGAGGAAGCCAUAGGUGUCAAAAUUUUUGAUCCGGAAAGAAACCCGCUCAUGGUGAAAUGGGUGGAAACCGUAAACCAACUCUCUGUGGUGAAAGAAAUUACCCCACCCCAAGACAAGUUUGUUGGCUUUCUGCAAUACCUUCAGAAAAUCAAUUUCAGAUUCACUUGAUAAGAGAACAUGCAGUCAUCAUGGAUCUACUUAUCACAUCUAUGAAUUGUAACUUUAGAAGUAUGAUAAUGGUACGUGAUAAGCCCAUCAAAAGAAAAUCGAUUAUGUCGGUUUUUGCAACGGUUUGAUUCAUAGAUUCUAUUGUUUACCCGUUGUAAUGUUUUUAUUUACUAUAAUUUCUUUUUUGUUAAUUGUCGGUAGACAAUUUUUUGUAUGAUUAAUGAAAUUAAAUAUUUAUUUUUUUAAA